CGAAAGGUUGAAAGAUGAAAACGUGUUGCCUUCUCGCCACUCUAUUGGUCCAUUGCAACCUCAUCUUUGAACAAAUGAAGGGGGCUCACCAAAAACAUUGAACGCGAGUCUUGGAUGAAGUCCGCCAAGUUGCUUUUAUGCAUUUAUUGUUGCCACACAUUUGAAAAAUUCAUUACAAGAGUAUUCGGACGAAAUGUGCCGGCUUGGAGAGCUUGCAGUGGUUGAGGGGACAUACUCCAUGAUAUCAAAAAGACCAUCGCGAAGUGAGAUAAAACAAACUAUCUGGGGCACCCGCACAUGUUUCUUUGAUGCUCCUCAGUGGGGGAUAGUCACAAUAUGAACGAUAGAACCCCGAUACAGCAGCUAAGUGGAGGAGACAUUCCGUUUUCAAUCUUAACAGGACGCACGGCAAACAAUUUUACAAUGAGGCGACCCAUGGAAAGCCAUUCCGUGAAAUGAUAUUGGAUAAUCAUGUUCUGGAGCAGGCGACCCUGGAAAGAGCUACAUCGACUGACCCCGGAUAUCCAAAUUAUCCUUUGGAUGUUGGAACCAAGUCCAGAGUGGGGGACAUCACCUAGUGUCAACAGCCAGAGGGUAUCAGUGUAUCACAGUGCUAUGCGUUAACUCUAAUAGCCUUUGCAAUUUUAUAUCUGCUAUCCAAUAUUUCGGAAUUUGGUAUGGCAAGACUCGAUAAAAGUUUCGCCGGUUCCUAGACUAUGCUGCAUGCACACACCAUGGAUCAUAAUUUAAAACGAAACAACUGUAAAGUGGUAUCUGAGAGGCGAUAGUCUACAGCACACAGUCUAGAUCAACAGUUAGCGACUGCAUCUGUGACCGAAACCGUUGGCUUGAGAAGGAUGGGCGGGGUAAUUGGUCCGGCCAGAAAUUAUUGAGAUAAGAUCAGUUAGUAUUCCACAAGAUAGAUAGAUGCCUUACGAACCAUUUACUGAUAGGUUACGUAGUACAUGG